AUGGGUGCCUGUGCUCCUAGCGGAAUAAGCAACUCGACAACCCUGUCUGUUGAUCCUGACCUUUUUACUCGCCUCGCUAGAAGGAUCACCCGCACUUGCCGCGUAUCGUAUCCAUCUGCUAGGGGGGUGUCUACAGUCGACUUCGCCAGCAUUAUCGAGUGGGCCGGUAUCCUCAAUAAUUGUGAAAUGCAGUGCUUGGAUGAUCUCGUCGGAGCGACCGUUCGUGCAGUAGGAGAUGUACUCUGGCAGGGCACGGCAAUGACAGCGCAAACUGCCGAUGAAUUCGGCCGGCAACCUCCGAAGACUAAAGCCAUGCAUCCACCCAAAGUCGUCCAUAGGUUGCUGGCGAAUAGGUUGGGUACGGCUUUGAUUGAGAGGAAGAUCGUUUAUGCUCUCAAGGCUGGAAUCCUCCGGUCCUUGAACGUCGACGCCGCCACGUUACGUAUAGUAUCCUAUUGGUUGUCCUUGGCACCGGAGCGAAUAACGUCCACGCAUCCGGGAUGGAUUGCCGUUAAGGGUCUCAUGCGCGACCAUAAGAUAAACCUAUCCGUGGCCGAGUUGCUUUCCGGCCAGCGAGAAAUCAACAAGGCGCAAGCGUUGAGGGCUCUACCCAAGCCUCUCAAGACUGUUGUCCGCUCGAGGGUCUGUGAGACGGUCGACAGCCCGACUCGAGAAGCAGUCUGUCUAGAAAUUCUCUCGGCGCUCUGUGAUGCAUUCGAGCAGCUCAGUAGACCUGCACAGACUCCCACCACAGAUGAUAUCAUAUGUUGUCUUGUGAUGCAUUCCCUGUUGCAACCAUCUCGGGAAGUGGGGACGGGGAAAGAGGAUAUUGCCGAGUCAGAGAUGCUCAUCGACAGAAACUAUUCUAUGGUAGCGUUGAAACGCAGUGUUGUUCCGCAGGCCAAAUGA